UUUUUUCUUUCCUUUUUGUUUUAGGAAUACACCACCUUGGAAAACGCUGAAACAAUAAUCUACCCGUAUGGCGACAAAGAAUUGAAAUCACGCGAGACUGCACGUAAUGCAAACGAUGCUAAGUUCAAAGCCCUGAAGUCUUUACCUGAUGUAACCAAACGCCUGGAUAUUAAUUCUUUACAAGGCUUCCUUCUUGAGAGUUACAUGGCCACACCGUCACGUUUCCCAACAAUCAUAAUCACAGAGGAAGAAGAGACGUGUCCGUUAUUUAAAGCUCUUUCAUUACGUUUUGGAAAAUACUUCAACUUUGCUCGGCUCGUGAAACCUUCACCAGAAGAUUUCGAACUGCUGGGUACCGGAAAUGCUUUCAUUGAUGUACCCUCUGUCUUGGUUAUGGUUACCGAUUCGUCAGAUCCGACAAAGACACCGGAAUUCAAAGCAAUUGUUUACACAAGAGAUAGCUUUGGUGACAUGAAUUAUCCAAACUUGUUGCAUUUCUUUUUCACUGUGAACCACCAAUUCCGUUACACAUUGCCUGGCAUCGGCCAGUCUUCGCAGAAAACUGAAGCAGAUAUGGAGGACAUUCUAGAGAUUGAGAAAAGGCGUUUCGAUUCAUUCCGUAACUUUAACACUUACCGUAAUCCACAAGAGGUCCAAGACCGCAAAGAGAUUCUGCACUUUGACGAAGUCUCAAAACAAGAACUAUGACGCCCAAAAUUGAUUCUAAUAAUCAUUCAGAUUUUCUUUCUGUCUUCCUAGUUUCAAAUCCAAUUGAUCUUUUCUUCCAGAAAAUCUCAUUUCUUUCUUUUUCUUUCUUUUCUAUUUUUUCAAGGAAGCUGUUUUGUUGUUGUUUUUUAAUCAUUUCUUAUAAAAUCACAUUUUCUUCUUCAAAUUUCCCUUUCCAAACCUUUUAUCAUAAUUUGUGUCCCUUUAGCUAGCAAAUAUAUUUUUAACCCCUUAAUCUUUUCAAAAUCAUUUCAUAUCUUUUCUAAUUUCAAAUUUUCUUCUUUCAAAUCUUAUACCGUUAUUUCUCUUUAAAUUCCUUCUCCAUUCCUCUUCAAACCCGUGAUCUUCUCUCCUCUUCUUUUUCUAAUAAUCUUCAAACAGUCUUCAAAUUUUCUUUAAUCUUUUCCCCACAAAAUCUCUAGAAACUCAUUUAAAAAAAUUUCUUCAGGUCCCAGCUCAUAUUCUUCGUAUUCUCAUGCUCAAAAACUUCACUGAUCAUUUUCUGGGUUUCCAAGAAAAAAAAACAGCAAAAAGAAAUUUAAAAAUUGCAUAACG